ACAAAGUAGUAGAUUUAUAUGUCGAUACAAUAUUAAUUUUUACAUCUGAACUUACGGGCAUCCGGUUGGAGUCGCUAGCCAGCUUCAGUUACGUAAUAAUAAAAAUCUGUAAUUAUUGCAAUACAAGCGCUGCAUUCGCACAUCACGUAUUGUGCGUUAUUAUUGAACACUGAUUCCACAGUGCCGCGUUAUUCAUUAGGCGGCUGCCUAAUCAGCUGGACACUGAAUGGGUGGAUCAUUCCGUAGACAAUACGAGGCCUCACGUUCACCGGAGACAAUGCGCUGAAUCCACGGUUUUGUGCGGCUACAACCGUGCCACUUCUCUCUCCUCAUGUUAAAAUCUAUCCUUCGUUUUCCGCUGAUUUAACCGCCGUUUGUCCAAACCAUCGUUUUGCUCAGCGUCAGCGAUUUUUCAACCAGUUGAUAAAUAAUCUGGAUACGCGCGAUGGACCAUCCUCUGCGUAAGAACGACGACGGACAGGUUACGGUGAAUGUUGUUGGGCAUAAUGCGCCGCAGAACACACACCGCGAACACGAGCACCAUUCUGGCCAACAACAGGAGUAUCGCGGUUCGGUGGAUUCGUUGAGCCCGAAGAAGGAGGCCGGCAACGUUAACCGGUCACGGUCCCGUGUGGGCUUUGCAUUGCACAGCGACGCCGAUGAGGCGGAUGAGGAGAAGCGCGUGAUUGUCUCCGAUCAGGACGACGCCGUGUCGGAGCGGACGCCGCGCACUGGUGCGGUUAAUCCCAAUUUCAUGGCUGAACAGGAAGAGGAUGAGGAACACGACCGUCUCCCGCCUAUUCGCCGGCAAGCGUCCAAAAUCAGUUCAUCGCGGCAUCACCUGGAUGGAAAUGCCGACCCGGCUGCUCGGCACCGUUUCCAUGUGGGCAGCGAGACGAUGAUGGACACUCUGCAUAAGCCGGUGGAGAUGGUCAUGAACACGCUGCGCCGUAUCACCUCCACGGACAGCAUUACCAGCCACGGGGUCCGCCGCAAUUCCAGCCAUGUUAAUUUUCGCGAUGCGCCUACGCCGCGGCUGGAUGGUAAAAAGAAGACGGCCUCGUUCGCCGUAGAGUCGCACAUUAGCAUGGAGGAUGUUCAGCAUGAGCUGGCGGAUCGUGCUACGGCCAUGCAGAGGGGCAUCAGCUUCCCCUGCUUCGAACUUUUUGAUGAGGAUGAGGAAUUGGACGAAGAUCGUUCCUUGCCGGCACUGCCCGCUCCUGACAUGGACGAUCCUGUCCAGGUGCGGCGUUCCCAUCGUCGCAGUAAAGCCCGUAUUCCGUCGACGUCAGUAUUCGAUCAAAUGACCGCGCGUGCCGGUUCCCUGGCAUCCCUCCCACCGCAUAUGCAACGGCGCUUCAGCAUGGGAUUUGAUCCGCUGGAGACAUUGCCAUCGGCCUUGAAUUACGAUGAAGCCGGUGGUGGCCAGCGGGCCACCCUGGAUGAUCUACGACGGGAAAAGGAAAACGCGGAGAAUGAACUGGUUCGGCAGACCGGAAAUGAAAAUUUCGUUAAUGUGGAUGGCAAGUUGGGCUGGAUCCAGGGAGUUGUGCUAUGGACACUGCAAGACAUGUGGGCCGUACAGCUGUUUUUGCGGUUAGCGUGGAUGAAUGCCCAAGCAGGAAUGGGCUUGUAUACGGUAAUUGUGUUGAUUACGCUGAUUCUUGCUCUGCUGACCACCUUAUCGAUGUCUGCCAUUACAACAAACGGGGAUAUCGGCGUUGGUGGAACAUACUAUAUGAUGGCACGGAGUCUGGGGCCGCAAUUUGGCGCUGCUAUAGGAGUCAUCAUCACUUUGGCCAACACCAUCAACGUUUCGCUUAACGUGCAGGGUUUUGCUGACCUGGUGACGGCUCUUUUAAGUAAAUCCAAUCUCCACAUGAUUAAUCACUUGGACGAUACCCGGAUCAUCAGCGUGAUGGCCAUUGUCGUGUUAACUGGAUUUGCGCUGCUGGGCAUGGUUAUUGCCUCCAGGCUCAAAUGGCUUUGUCUGCUGCUGCUCUUGAUUGGCGUCGGUGAUGUGAUAGUGGGAUCAAUUGUCCCGCCUAAUAAAGAAGAUGAAGCUCGGGGUUUUGUUGGUUAUUCGAGCGGGUUAUUCUGGGAAAACUUCCAGCCGGCGUUUCAGCCGGAUCAGUUCGGUGCUCAGGAUUUCAUGACAGUAUUCGCCGUGUUUUUUCCGUCCCUCUGUGGUAUUCUGGCUGGUACAUCCAUCACCGGUGACUUGAAGGAUCCAGCCGGCGCCAUUCCCAAAGGCACGAUUGUAGCCACAUUGGUCGCUGCGAUUGUCUACUUGAUUCUGGGUUGGGUGUCCGCGUCGGUCACACUGCGGCAUGCCAGCGGGAGUGUAGCCGAUUUAGAACUGGGAAAUUUAACGCACUGCCGUUUCGAUAUGAGCUGUAAAGAUGGGAUGAUCAACAAUAUGGAGAUUAUGGGCGUUAUCGGGCACUGGGAACCGAUUAUAUAUGCGGCUGCCUUUGCGUCUACCAUCAGCACAUCGGUUGGCUGCAUCCAUUUUGCUCCAAAGGUCUUCCAGGCAUUGUGCCGCGAUAAUAUCAUACCGGGUAUUCAUUACUUUGGGAAAGGUUACGGCAAACAUGACGAACCGUACCGCGGAUAUGUGCUGACAAUGUUGAUUGGUGUGAUCUUCCUGAUGCCCUCCGAUUUUCAGUUUAUAUCUAACGUGGUGUCAAACUGCUAUUUGGCCACGUUUGCACUGGUGAACUACGCCACCUUUGAUGCUUCCUUUUCUCAAGCGCCAGGAUGGCGACCAAUAUUCAGGUAUUACAAUAUGUGGCUAAGUUUAGCCACAGCUAUCGUCUGUUUCGGAUUUAUGUUCGCACUGGACUGGAAAUCAGCAAUUAUCGCUCUUGGAGCUGUUGGUCUGGUGUAUCUCUUCGUGUUUUACAAAAAACCACAAGUGAACUGGGGAACCUCCGGUCAAGCUAACAUCUACCGUGCCGCCCUGACGGACACGUAUAAGCUGCAAAAAACACCGGAGCACGUCAAAACCUAUCGUCCACAGAUCCUAGUCCUCACCGGUCUGCCAUGCGUCCGACCGGCGCUGGUCUACAUGGCCAACGCCAUUACACGCGGCACCGGACUGCUGGUUUGCGGUCACGUCAUGGUGCAUGAACCGAUCGCCGAUCGUUCCACACUGGAACAAGAAACUUACAAGUGGUUUUUCCGGCGGAAAAUUCGCGCCUUCUACGAAAUCUAUGCGGCGGCAGAUACUGAGGAGGGCACUCGCGCACUGAUCCAGACAUCGGGAUUGGGCAAAUUGCGACCGAAUAUUGUGAUGAUGGGAUACCACCGCAAUUGGACGAACUGGAAUGAAGACUCCAUGGAAGAAUACAUCAACGUCAUCCAUUAUGCUUUUGAUUCACGGCGCGGAGUCAUUCUUUUCUACGCCCGUGAUGGAUUCGACAUAAGCGAUGUAGUCAAUUUUGAGCAGCUGGUCAAUGACAACAACAUUUCGGCGUCUUCCACGGAUGGAAGUGAUGAUACCGAACCGGAUAAAAUUCAGGCUAUUCCUCUGGAAGUGAAACCAACUGAUGAUCCAAUUCUCAAAGCCAGAGUGGAACUGGCCGAAAAACUGGAGCCCGGAAAGAAGAAGAAAAUUGUAGGGGAAAUCCAUGUCUGGUGGCUGUAUGACGAUGGAGGCUUGACGUUGCUGGUUCCGUAUUUGAUGACACAAAAAAGCCCGUGGUCAGGAUGCAAAUUGAAAGUGUUCUGCCUGAUUGGACCGGAUGACAACGCCGACAGUGCUCGAUACAACAUGCUGCAGUUGCUGGAAAAAUUCCGGAUUGCCGUAGUGGAUGUGGUGGCUAUUGAUAUCGACACACAACCUUCACAAGAAAGCUUGGAUGAUUUUAACAAAUUGAUUUUCAAGUACAAAUACGAGAACAUGAGUGCCCGAGCGCGCGCUCCUGGCCCAGCCACCAUUAUGGAAUCGGACAUGCUCGAGUAUGGCAAGAGGACCAUACGCAGCAUCAGGUUGCAUGAGUUGUUGCGGGAACACUCAUCGGAAUCUGUGCUGAACGUGUUGACCAUGCCGCUGCCCAAACAGAACCGCGCGGCUACCCUGUACUUGGCCAUUCUGGAUAUGAUGACCUCCGGUCUGCCGCCAACACUGCUGAUUCGCGGCAACCAGGAGAACGUCCUGACCUACUACUGCUGAUUGUCAUCCCUUUCCCAAGGGGUGAUGGUGCUAAUUUUGCUCUUGCAGAGCGUUUUCAUGUUUCAUGGUUUAAAGUUUUAUGGUUUUAAUUAUUUGAUAUUCCAAACCGUGCCUCAUUCAGUCUGCGACUGACAGUGCUUGGUAGUUAUUUUAGUACAAAGUACUCUUUAUCUCCAAAAUCUUUUAAAGUUUUAUCGUGUUAAAGUUUAAAUUGAAAUGUGCGAUGAGAAAUGUUUGACUAACAAAAAGCAUACUUCUACUGCAUUUCGAAACGGUUUCUUAAAUUCCGAUACAAUAUUUC